UUUGAAUAAGAAUGUUAGCUUUAUUAUAGAUAAAAGAAAUGAAAGUUUGAUGCGGACUGUUAUUGACAGUUGUUUGUUUACACAUUGUUUACCCAAAAGUGUCCCCAUAUUGGUGUAUGAGCGAACUGCUGACCGGAAAUCUACUGCUGUAAAAUUUCUCUACCCUAAUGGACGAAGUGAGAAACCGCGUUUUGAUCAUCUCGUAGCCAUAGAGCGCACUGCACCUAAUAAACACGGUAAUUACUGCAGUAUGAAAGCCGAAGUUUUGAGGGAAGAUUUGAUUGCACCCAUUGAAGAUAUUUUCUUAGAAGCUGAUAAAGAUGACAGAAUUUCGACCACUUGUAUUGGUGAUGGUGGUAAUGAAAUAGGCAUGGGCAAAGUUUACGAAUCUGUUUGUUCAAACAUCAGACAUGAUGAAAAAAUUGCGUCCGUUAUAUCAUGUGACUAUCUCAUUGCUUGCGGUGUCUCCAACUGGGGUGGUCAUGCGCUUGCUGUUGGGCUGUACCUCCUGUCCAACUGUCCAAUUCAUGAUAGAUAUGUGCGUAGAGGAUUGGUACGAGUGACCCCACAGAAAACGAGAGAAGAUUUUUUAAACAGUAUAAAACAGAAGGAAAAGGUGUUGGAAGUCCUAGUGGAUGAAGGUGUUCGUGAUGGAGUUACAGGAAUCUCUGAGCUUUCUGUCGAUGGCUUCCAUUUGUAUCCAUACCACGAGCAACAUUUUGAAUAUAUGACUAAUCUAAUAGACGAUUGAUCGCCUCUCUGAAAAGAAUUGCUUUCAGUAUGAUGUGAUGUACUGGGGGGUUCCGACUGCUUUGCUCAGUGUUUUCAAAAUAGUGUGAUGAGCCGAUGGGCUUCUUUUCAAGGCAAGUGUAUGAAUAAAAUAACUAUAGUUUGGUCUGGUUAGGAAAAUUUUGAUAUAUUAAAGUAAAAUUUCAUAUUAGUGUGAACUAGAAAAUACCUAGAAUGAACUAGAAAAUAACUUUUGGUUUGUCGAAAAACAUUCUUUAAUUUAAUUUUGCAAUAAUGAAGUACAAAUUAAUCUCUUUUCAUAUAAUAAUACCUUUAUCUAAACAUUAUUGAA